AUGCUAGCUAUCUGGGCGCUUCUUUUGACAUCUGUGUCGGGUUUCUUCUUUGAUUUCAAUCAAAAUGGGCAUCAACAACAUCAACAGAACCCACCGGCGUCUUAUGAAGAGCAGGUUUUGAACAACGCAUGCGGCGAUUACCUGUGUCCCGACACACUGGCUUGUGUCAAAAACUCCUGGGAAUGUCCUUGUCCGUUCCCGAAAUCACAGCUGAGAUGUGAGCUUCCUAAAGGCCAGUAUAUUUGCAUUUCGAAACCCGCCACGCAGGACGAAGCUUUGAACGCACUAUAUGACGACCCUGCUAAGGGCCCUAGGAUCCGAUCGAGUGGUUUAAGAGAUUGUGGCUGGGUGGAAAAUGCGUACAAAGGCUCUCUGUGA